AUGAGUCUUCCUUUAAUAUUAAGUUCCAAUACACAUGGUGAAAUCCAUUUAUUUGUUGGGACAGGUUCAAAUGUAUCUGUUCAUGAAGAUCAUAGAGUUUGUUCAUUAACAAUUAAGAGAUUACGUAGAGUCUUAACAACAGGUGCUAUUCCAAUAGUCAUAAAUCCAUCUCAUCCUACUCAUAUCAAUGCAAUCUUAAACGAGUUUAAAUCUAAAGCUAACUUCUCCAUUCAAAUCAUUGAUCGUCAAGUGAGAUUGAAUGAUUUAACCACUUUAGGUAGAAAUAUUACGUCUGGUGUAGUAGAUAGGUUAUUUAUUAACCUUGGAAGUGAUCAAUUAUCAUUAGUUCAACCAAUAUAUCUGCAAUGUGUUAAAUUGAGAAUACCCAUCAAUACUUACCAACAACCAGAAUAUUCUACAUUUACAUUGCUACCUACUUACACUGAUCCAAAAGGCUCUGGUUUACAAAUCUCUGUAACUACUAAUGGGAAAGGAUAUAUUUUAGAUGAAAGAAUUAAAAGAGAUAUUGUUAAUAAUUUACCAGCAAAUAUCUCUGAAGUUAUAUCAAAUAUGGCAUUUUUAAGAGAUCAGUUAAUUCAACAACAUAAUUCAGUACUCUUAAGGGAAAAAUAUAUUGAGACGCCAUUAUCUUUACCUAAAUUAGGAUAUGGCUUAGAUAAUGAUCCAUGGGAUUCACACAAAUUUAACCAAUUGAUCAAAGAGUUUGACAUGACUAAAAAUGAUCAAAGACAUAGAAGAUGUAGAUGGUUAUCUCAAAUCAUGGAAUAUUAUCCACUAUCCAAAUUGGAUAAAAUAACAUUAGAUGAUUUGGAAGCAUUAACAGAUAAGGAUAGUGCUUCAGAAAUUCCUAUAGAAUUAGUAUCUGAAAGGAAAAAAGAGGGUAGAAUAUCUCUUGUUGGUAGUGGUCCAGGUUCUGUCUCUAUGCUUACUCUGGGUGCAUUACAUGAAAUUAAAACUGCUGAUUUAAUACUUUCAGAUAAACUGGUACCACAAGAGGUGCUAGCUUUGGUACCAAACCAUACAAAAUUAAUAAUUGCAAAAAAAUUCCCAGGUAAUGCAGAAAAGGCUCAAGCCGAAUUUCUGAAUCUUGGUUUGGAAGCAUUGAAACAAGGACUUCACGUCAUUAGAUUAAAACAAGGUGAUCCCUACAUAUUUGGUCGUGGUGGAGAAGAAUAUUUAUGGUUCAAAGAAAGAGGAUUCACUCCAAUGGUCUUACCAGGUAUAUCAUCAUCUUUGGCAUCGACAGUUGCAGCACAAAUACCGGCUACCCAACGUGGUAUAGCAGAUCAGGUACUGAUAUGUACAGGUACUGGACGUAAGGGUACUAUUCCUGAAGUGCCUGAAUAUGUACCAUCAAGGACUACAGUAUUUCUAAUGGCAUUACAUAGAGCAGAAAUUUUACAGAAGUCCUUACUGGAGAAGAAGUGGGAUCCAGAGGUACCUCUUGCCAUUGUGGAGAGAGCCUCUUGUCCUGACCAACGUGUUACUAGAACUAAGUUAAAGUAUUUACAACAAACCGUGGAAGAAAUUGGUUCAAGACCGCCUGGAUUAAUUGUUAUAGGCCACGCAGUAAAUCAGCUAACGGACGAUGCUAAUAACUUUACUGAAACUUUUACUCAUAUUAUAGAUGAAGGAUUUAAUGAUGUUGAGAUAGAUGCAACCAAUGUAAACUUCACUAUUUGA